AUGGUGGAAGCAGACGCUCCCUUAGACCCUGAGCGAGUGCUUUCCGAUACAGGGAUCGAAACCCUUGGAACUUCAAGAAGAUUAGGGGAAGAAAAUGCGAUCUGCCGCCACGAAGCCUGGAUUGAAAGAGCGAAGAAACACCAAUGAAAUCGAUAUCAGUGCCUGUGAAUCCUACGGCGAAUCAGAGAAAAUCGGGCAAGUAACCCUAGAUAGAAGGAAGAGGAGCGACGGGCCGACCCCUAGAGCCGGCGAAAUCCGAACUCAAUGCAACGCGACGUCGAAAACCCUAGCAAUGUGACCCAAAUCAUGAUCCCGAAAAAACCAGGAAUCCGACCAGGAAGAGAGAUGAGACGGCGGAGACUUACCGAGGUUCAGAUCGACGGGGAAGGACGCGAGAGGUCCCCGCGCGGAGGAGGCGAACCGUCGGGUAAAGCCCGGACUGGGAGCGCGCCAAGUUCUGAAAUUCGGAACGUGGAAGAGAAAGGGGGGGAGAGGAGUGUUUAAGGCAGAAUGGGGGAGGGGGGGGGGAGUGACCCGAUCUGUAAGAGGAAAGCGGGGAUUUUGCCGCAGGGGCCCCCAAAUUAUCAUUUUUCGGAAUCAUUUUUGCGAUAAAAAAAACUAAUUUUCAUCUGAAGAGGACAUGAAGCCAUAAUUAGCUGCCAUUUCCUAAAGUUUAGCCAUCAGGUCGUUGAUUUGGAGUCUAACUCUCUCUUUAGUUACCAAUCACCUGGACCUUGCCCCUGGCCCAUUAUCCAUCUAGGUUGCGGCUUGAGGCCUAGAACAACUCCCUCCUCUCUCACAUUCUCUCUCCCUCUCUCCCCUCUCUCUCUCUCUCUCUCUCUCCCCUCCCCCCCCCCCUCUCUCCCUCUAUCCUCCCUCUCUCUCUUGACUGAUUUUGAUUUGCAGUCUAAAUCUCUUUAAUUACAACCACCUGGACCUUGCCCCUCACACUGGCCCAUUAUCCAUCUAGGUUGCGACUUUGGGCCAAGAACAACGUCUCUCUCUCUCUCUCUCUCUCUCUCGCACCGGCCCAUUUAUCAAGCUUUCGAUGAGGUCGUUCGGCGUAGAGAGCAGUUUCCCACCAAUUGCAUCGCGGUCCCCGUGAUCGUAUGGAUGCGCGUAGCGUUUCCCACCAUACAUUUUUUUAUCAGACGACCAAUUUCCAUGGUUCAUUAUCGUCUCUUUCUGGACUGCACGAACAUUGAAGUCGACGCCCUCGGCUGAUGAAGCGUAGACACACCACCGUCAUCUUUGACGUUGACAGGUCGCCGUUUGACCGCUAUGCAAAUGGUCAAAAAUACCCUCAUCUUCUCAAGUUCAGCUACGCCUCCUCGGAUGCCCUGUACUACUGACAGGGAGAGAAAGAGAGAGAGGAAGAAAUAGAUAUAUAGAUAGCAAUAGAGAGGGAAGGAGGAAGAAAUAGGUAG